AUGGCUUUUCUUAAACGCAAAAAGGUCAAGUUUAGCGUGGAUCUGCAGGUAUGCAAUCUCAGUGAUGUGCCUCUUGUAAACGCUGUUUUAUUUGCAAAAAUCCGGCUUUUGGAAGGUGGCACGUUUGAUGAUUGUACAGAACGUGUGGAGGAGCAAAAAGGCGGCAAGUCAUUUGUUAAGCUGGGCUUUGUCGACAUCAACCUUUCUGAAUUUGCUGGUAGCGGUGUUGAAGGAAUGACCAGGUCAUAUCUUCUCGAUGGAUACGGGCCUUUUGUUGGCGGCGGAGACACCAUUGAAGACAACUCUUUGAAUCCAUACCUGAAAGCUUCAGACGUGGAGGAAGAUGAGGAUGAGGAGGCAACGGGCUCGUUUGUCAAAAUGCGGCCAAAUUCAACAGCUGAUGUUCCUGAGUGCAGCUCUGUUGCCGGUUCCGCUUCUGUAGCUGACGAAUGUGCCUCCUUGUCAUCAGAAAAUAGGCGAAAUCCUCCGUCUUCAGCGUUGCGAAGGCUCAGUCAGGAUCGAUCAAGUGCUCCCCGUAUCCAGAGUACAAGUCAAGGUGUUUUCCGCUUUGCGAUUGGCAACUUUCUUUCGUUUAGGAUUGAUGCUGGCGGAGUAAUAGAUAGAAUGUUGGCCGAGACACGAUGGGCGACACAGAAUCCGUGGACACAGAACAAAGAAAACGCACACGAGCUUUACAGAACUACUGACAAUACGAUCGGAUAA